AUGCGCAAGAGACGUCGCUACAUGAUCUUUGGUCAGCUCCACCAAGGCCAGCACCUGUUGUUAGACCACGAAAUGUCACCAAACCUCGCGGUCGGCAUGAAACAGCACUUGAUCUUGGAGUUUCGUCAUCAGCAAACAGUUUACACACGAAAGAAAGAAUCAGCCAUUGUCUGCGCUGCCAUUGAUUUCGGCACCACUAACACCGGGUACGCGUACUCGUUUAAGGCAAAGCCAAGAGAUAUCAUUACCAACUAUUGGUACGGACGUGAAAUUAAGCCGCUCGAUAAGGAUAUGAAAAUUGAAAACAUACUUGAUAAACGUAUGAAGGCAAUCGAUAUCUUCACUGUGGCGAUUAGAUAUAUUAAGGAUCACUUAAUGAAGGAGUUGACGGAUAGCCAUCGGAUGAAGGAGAUCAAAAACAAAAGCGAGUCUGACAUUCACUGGUUGCUCACGGUCCCCGCCAUCUGGGACGACCUCUCCAAGCGCUUCAUGAGAACAGCCACAAAUAAUGCCGGUAUUCCGGAUGAAAUGUUGAGCCUGGCACUUGAACCAGAAGACGCCUCAGUGUUUUGUAAGGAUGAGUUGGGAAUGAUGACUAUUCCUGUUGGCUGUCGCUACAUGGUUCUUAACCUCGGUGGCGGCACAGGAGAUAUAACUGUGCAUGAGGUAAACCCGGAUGAAAGUCUGAAAGAGCUUCACCUAUGGUCAAGCAGUUUAGACUCAACCAUAUGCAGGACUACUGGGAAUUGA